AUGUCCAACUACAACUACAACUAUAUUAUCAAGUACAUCAUCAUUGGUGAUACAGGUGUUGGCAAAUCCUGUAUUCUGUUGCAGUUUACCGACAAACGAUUUAUGCCAGCUCAUGAUUUGACCAUUGGUGUUGGAUUUGGUACACGUUUUAUCACAGUCAAUGACCAACAAAUCAAGCUGCAGAUUUGGGAUACAGCUGGACAAGAAUCUUUUAGAUCGAUUACACGAAGCUAUUACAGAGGUGCUGCUGGUGCCUUGUUGGUAUACGACAUUACUCGAAGAGACACCUUUGAACAUUUGCCAGUUUGGUUGGAGGAUGUACGCCAACAUGCCAAUCCAAACACUGUCAUCAUGCUGAUUGGCAACAAGAGCGAUUUGGAAAAGAAUCGACAAGUUUCAAGAGAGGAAGCCGAGAAAUUUGCUCAGGAGAACGAUUUAUUCUUUCUAGAGACGUCUGCUAAAUCAUCUGAUAAUGUAGAAAAGGCAUUUGAGGAGACAGCAGCAGAGAUUCAAAGGAAGAUUCAAAAUGGUACCAUUGAUAUGAACAGUGAGACAAAUGGUGUCAAAUUGGCCCCUCCUCAAGGUGGAUCCUCUUUACCCUCUGCCAACAGCUCUUCAAGCAGUGGUGGUUGCUGUUAG